GAAGACGAGAACGCGAUGCGAUUGGCUGAAAGUUUCGCGGACUUUGCUCUCGGAACCUUCCUUUGUGUCAGAUCUCCGAGAACCGAUCCCACUUCUAGCUCUGCUGUUGAUACAGGCGGGAGUGUCCAUCAUCAUCAUCACCUGGUGAGUGCCUCAUAUUUUUACCUCAGCCCAUGUGUAUCUGAGCAGAUUUGCCCCGUUGAGUCUCCAGGAAAAACAAGCAUGCCUGUAACAAAGAGCCAGGGUGCGGGCAAAGAAACAUGGGACUCGCACAACAAGAUGAUGCUGGAACCUCUGGCCGUCAGCGACUCAGAGGUGUUCUCCAUCAUAAAAAAGGAGAAGCACAGGCAGACGUACGGCCUGGAGCUGAUAGCGUCGGAGAACUUCGCCAGCAGAGCUGUUCUCGAAGCGCUCGGUUCCUGCAUGAACAACAAGUACUCUGAGGGGUACCCUGGCCAGAGGUACUAUGGUGGUACUGAACAUAUUGAUGAGCUGGAAAGACUUUGCCAGAAGAGGGCGCUGGAGGUCUUUGACCUGGACUCUGAGAAAUGGGGAGUCAAUGCCCAGCCAUACUCAGGUUCCCCGGCCAACUUUGCCGUCUACACGGCUGUGGUGGAACCCCAUGGCCGGAUCAUGGGACUGGACCUUCCAGAUGGUGGUCACCUCACCCACGGCUUCAUGACUGAGAAGAAGAAAAUCUCAGCAACGUCCAUCUUCUUUGAAUCCAUGCCAUACAAGGUGAAUCCAGAAACCGGCUACAUUGAUUAUGGCAAACUGCAGGAAAACGCGCGGCUUUUCCACCCAAAGCUCAUCAUCGCAGGAACAAGCUGCUACUCCCGUAACCUGGACUACGCCCGAUUGAAGCAGAUUGCCGCUGAAAAUGGGGCGUACCUGAUGGGGGACAUGGCGCACAUCAGCGGCCUGGUGGCUGCUGGGGUGGUGCCGUCGCCCUUUGAGCAUUGUGACAUCGUUACCACCACAACUCACAAGACUCUGCGCGGCUGCCGUGCCGGACUUAUCUUUUAUCGGAAAGGAGUACGGAGCGUGGACGCCAAAGGAAAGGAGACUCUGUACAACUUGGAGUCUUUGAUCAACCAGGCUGUGUUUCCAGGGCUGCAGGGAGGACCACACAACCAUGCUAUUGCAGGUGUUGCUGUGGCUCUCAAACAAGCCAUGACACCAGAGUUCAAGGCUUACCAGCUGCAGGUCCUGGCUAACUGCAAAGCUCUGUCCAGCGCCCUCAUGGACCUCGGGUAUAAGAUUGUCACUGGUGGCUCUGACAACCAUCUGAUCCUGCUGGACCUGCGCAACAAGGGAACCGAUGGAGGACGAGCUGAGAAGGUCUUGGAGGCCUGUGCCAUUGCUUGCAACAAGAACACCUGUCCAGGUGAUAAGAGUGCUUUGCGUCCCAGUGGUCUGAGGUUUGGCUCUCCAGCUCUGACCUCCAGAGGCAUGGUAGAGGAAGACUUCAAGAAGGUGGCUCACUUCGUUCAUAGAGGUAUUGAGCUGACGCUGGAAGUGCAGAGAAGUCUGGACCCCAAGGCCACCCUGAAGGAGUUCAUCCAGGCCUUGGCUCAGGGAGAGAAGUUCCAGCAGCGGGUGGCAGAGGUCAGGGCAGAGGUGGAGGCUUUCGCCGGGCAGUUCCCCAUGCCUGGCCUUCCUGAGCUGUAGAGAACAGAAGACCACCCUCCUAUACUUCUAUACUCCUAUAUACAUCAGAUCAAGAGACUUCCUGAUGGCUUCAAUACAUUCCUGCAAGUACAAGUUUUCCCCUAAAGCUGAUUUUUCUCAAUGGAUGGGAAAUUAUUGUUAGUUGCUAUUGUUACAGAGCUUUACUGUUUCAAACAGAAAGGUGAUUGUUUUUCAUAGAUGGUUAGAUGUUACGUUUAAAUUAAUGCUAUACUUUUCCAUCUCUGGAGUUUUCCAACAAAUUGCUUCAGCUUGAAACCCAAACUUUGAUCCACACAUGGCUAAUCAAGAUGUCUAUGAAUCUAUACGAUUUAAUUAACUGGCCAACAUUGCUGCAUUAAGUUAAAUAAAAGAUGACUAAAAGGA